AUGGCUCUUGAAGGUACAAUUCCACCACACCUAGGUAACCUCUCAUUUCUCGUUUCCCUCGACCUUAGUACCAACAAUUUCAGUGGUCAUCUGCCCUAUGAAUUAUUUCAUCUGCGUCGAUUGAAAUUCAUGAAUUUGGAAAUUAACAAAUUUAGUGGACAACUUCCAUCAUGGUUGGGUGUCUUAGCUGAACUGCAAGAGUUAAUUCUAUAUAACAAUAGUUUUACAGGUACUAUCCCACCUUUCCUCUCCAACAUAUCGAUGUUAGAAAACUUGGAUUUAUCUUCCAAUUUUCUACAUGGAAUGAUUCCACAAGAGGUUGGUAAUCUUCAUCACCUGAAGAUUCUAAACAUGCAAUAUAACCAGUUUGUAGGCUCUGUGCCACUAACCAUCUUCAAUAUCUCAUCGCUGCAAGCGAUUGCUUUUGCGGACAAUAGCUUAUCUGCUAAUCUUCCAAUGGAUAUGUGCCAUCGUCUUGCAAACCUCCAAUGGCUUCCUCUAUCUUUCAAUGAGUUACAUAGCAAAAUUCCAUCAAGUUUAUAUGAGUGCUCAGAACUUCAAAUUUUGUCACUAUCAUAUAACAAAUUCAAUGUACCCAUUCGUAGAGGUAUUUGGAAUUCAACUGUGCUCACGGGGUUAUUUCUUGGCGUUAACAACUUGGAAGGUGAAAUUCCGGAGGACAUAGGUAACCUUCGUAAUUUGGAGUUAUUAUCGAUAGACUAUGCCCGCCUCAUUGGUCGCAUUCCAUCAUCCAUAUUUAACAUUACUUCUUUGAAAGGGAUUUCAUUUAUGGGGAACAACUUGACUGGUACGAUUCAUUUAGUUUGA